AUGAAAAGCCGAAAGCAAACUGCAGAGUCAAACCUCCAUGAUCCUAUGAGAAAGGAGCUUGGAAUUGACUCAAAUGCAGAAGACAAGCACGGAUGGUUCGCCAGAUGUGGACACUUUCAGUCAGAAACUGUGGAAAAUACGGAGAACGCUCCGGAAGACAAGCAGCUUCAAGGCUGGAGGUCAAAGAGUCAGUCAACUUCAUCGGAAUCACUCUUUAAACAAAUUCCGAUACUCUUCCAUUCAAGUACCAAGAUAAACAAUGCAGAUGAAGAACAACUUCAUUCGGCUGAAAACAAGAUCUCGACACCUACAGCGCUGACAAGCCAUCUAAAGUUUCAACAUCGGAUGUGCUUCGUCGCAACAAUAUUAGCUGAAGGAAGGUCGAGGAAGAUUCUUCAACAUCGACAAGCAGUAUACGUCUACAACAUCUUCGUGACGUACAAGACAAGUCGAGGUGCAAGAAGACAAGAUGAAGACAUCACCACUAGCUGUUCAUGCAUUACGACUGCAAUCAAGUCAACUUUGGCGCCUUCCCAAGAUAGUAUUCUCAAACUAUCAAUGUACAAAACAUCAAGGAGUCGAAGCCAACACGCAGUCAACAAGCUUGUCAAACGAAGUGAGAAGUCUUCUUCUUCUACCGUGUCGGACCUGCAGAGGAUGAGUGCAAAUUCUCGAAAGAGAGCAGAAGUCUCCACACAAGCGGAUCUUCGUCGAGUCGAACUCUGCCACCAAUUUCUGAAGAAACAACACUGUCACCAUCUUCUGAAGAACGGAGAGAAUUUCUUCGGAAUUCUCGGACUAGCUGAAAAAGAAGGAUCACUUCUCAAAGAAGAACAUAAUCAUUUCUUCAGACAAGCUGAUUUUCCUGAGAACAACUCCAAGUAUUUCUAUUCGGUGAUGCAACAAUCAGACCACUCGUAUGGAAAUUGGAGACAAAGUGACACCAACUCAGUGCUCGCCAACAUGCUAACAAAGAAGGACUUAAUACCCCGUGCAAAGUUGGAGGGAAGCACAGAAGUCAUCAAUGGUCAUCCAACAGCCAGCUCAUUGGAGCAGAGAAGAAAGUGGACACUGAAGUCGUAG